AUGGACUUGAUAAGGGAAUAUUAUUCAAAUUGCUUGCGCGCCUGUACUCCUGAGAAGUACGUAAUAGAUCAGAGCGAAAUAGAAUUUUCCAGCACGGGAAAAAGUAGCUUAAGACUUAAAGUCAUCGACUGGUACUACACCACUGCAGGAAGCUUUAGUGUUAAGAAGGGUCAAACUCGUAACAUUGGAGCUAGCCAAAAUGACAAAGAAGCACAUUUACGAAAGUUAAGUCGAAAGAGAACACGUUAUGAACAUUUUGAUCGUAUUAGAGUUAUGGAAAAUUUCCUCUUAAUCAGCGAUCGGGAAAGUGGCCAAGAAGGAAAAGAGGAGGAAUGCCAUAAGAAGGGACAGCUCAAUACGUACGAACAUGCUAACACUAAUGGGAGCACAGUGAAUUGCCUAAAUGGGAUCAAUCCACCUAACCAAACAGAACCCAUACAUGUCGAAAAUACCUUCGACUUUGCAUUAUUGCCAGAAAUUGAACGAGAGGAUAUAGAAAACGGGCAUUUGGAUGAUGUAUAG